GCAAUUAUUAAACGGACAGCCACCUCGGACGAAGCGAAUCUGCAAAGAUUGCCUGCAGGGGUCGAACUGGGCGAUCUCACACCUUCGCAACUGCUACGGCACAUGCAAAGCCUCGCAUGCGGGAAGUCAUUUGACGACACAAUUUUAAAGCCGUUGUGGCUGCAGUCAGAUGUCCCUCUGUCCCUUCCACCUCUCAAAUUCGUCGCACUACCGCUCCUAGACUCUGACAGUUUCAUUGUCGCCCAAGGCCUUUUGUUCCUGAAAAACAUAGACGCUCUGUAUUCGACCACUUCCACGCAAUUUCUCAUCCCAGCCAAACUUGUGUCACAAAGAUACGCUUGGCCGAAUAUGCAAGAUGAGAUACGCACUUGGGCCAAGCAACGUCUUGACUGUCAGACGAGCAAGACCCAGCGACACACCAUUUCUCCAACUGCUAUUUUUCAGCUCCCCGACUCACACUUUCGAAAUGUACACAUUGACCUGGUUGGACGGUUGCCCCCAUUCAGAGGUUUCACACACAUACUCACCUGUAUCGACCGUUUCACACGCUGGCCCAUGGCGAUUCCGAUCAACGACUUGUCUGCCAAAAACACUGCUAGAAUCUUUGUCGAUAGCUGGAUCGCUACGUUCGGUGUACCCGCUACCAUUAUCACUGACCGAGGUCCACAAUUCACUUCAACACUUUUUCAUGACCUCAAACGGCUACGUGGUACGGAUCACUUCCGAACAACUGCAUACCAACCGGCUGCCAACGGCAUGGUCGAACGCUUUCAUCGACAACUUAAGGCAACGCUGAUAGCCUCCUCUAGCACACACUGGUCGGAACGCCUCUCACUCAUUAUUUUCAGUAUACACAAUACUGUUAAAAAGACUUGGGCUGCACAGCCGCUGAACUCGUCUUCGGUACUACCUUACGCAUUCCAGGUGAAAUGG